UAUUAAGUUAAGCGUUCAUUAAGCGUUAGAAUUAAUUCUAAUCUUAAAUUACUUCCUUUUGUUUUCCGUUCCAUUUCUAGAGAGAUGGAGAGAACAAGAAAGACCAGAAAGAGCGGUAUUUGCAUAUCAUCAGCGAUAUGAUAUGACUUUUGUUUAUAAGGGAAUAUCGCCGGCAUUUCACAACAGUCGCCUAAGUUGUCAGGCGCAGUGAAUAUCAAUUGAAUUACACUCCCACCUCUAGUGAAAUUCACAUAAAUAAAUUAAACUAAAUAAUAAUAAGUGUGAAAUACUGCGAAAAUGGUGGUAGAAAAGUUCUGUUGCUUUAGCUUGGAAUCCACAGCGAAAUUUUUCGGCGUGUGGGGUAUGAUUGGCGCAGUCCUUGAGAUUGUCAUUGAUAUAUUCAUCAUAGCUCAUGCAAAUGAAGUGUCCGCCUUUUUCCAAAAAUGUGGCUUAAAUAUAAGUGAAAGCGAUAUUCAACUAUUAUACAUUAUCUAUAUAGUCUUAGCUCUCAAUAGUGCUGCCGGAAGCUUUUGCCUGCUUUCGGGCGCAUCUGAGAAACGUCACAAUUUAGUUUUGGUUUGGUUGAUAUGUAGUGCUUUGGGAAUAGUGACUUCGAUUAUUUUGAUUUUCUUCACUGGUUUAUAUAGCGGUCUUAUAGGCUACGCAUUCAGUACUUAUCUGUGGAUUGCGAUGUACGCGCUUUAUAAGCGAAUCAAAUGGGAAGGACAAACGGGCUUUUCACUUCCAGCUGAGGAUGUGCCCAAACAAAUGGCCUAACUAAAAAUGAAA